AAUGUACCCAGCUACGACUUCUCGCCGAAAACGACGUGAUAGUUCUUCUUAAAGAAUCUCUGCCUUCCGACUGGAGUCAAGGAAAAACUGUCCUGUGGCACCCAGAAGACAAAAACCACAACCAUCCCCCAAGAGACUGGAUCAAGCUCGUUUGGAGAUACGUUCGCGACCAUUUCUCUACUGCAGAGAGGCUUUACCGACUUCAGAACUUUUCCUUAAUUCCAGUCAGCAUGAAACAGUCAACUGUUACUUUGAGGCCACUUACUCAGCCUUCAAUAGUCGUGAUUAAAAGCUUGGGUGGGGACGUUAUCAAUGAUGCUUUGAUGCAUGUCUUGACAAAGAUGGGCGGGGCUGUCUUGACUGAUUGUCCGGACUUUAUACUUGAUCACCCCUCUGUCUUGGAUACCUUUAUGCAUCGUCCCAAUGUCCAAGGUAUUUUUGAGACAAUAGUGAACUUAGACUCCAAGUUCACCACUAAAAAGUUGUCCGAAGUCGUGAGAGGGGUUUCUCCAGGAGAAAAGCGAAGUUUGAGAUCGUUCCUUGGUAAUAUUAAACCAGGGCAGGUAGGAAAAAAAGAAAGCAAUCUCAUGUGCUCUCUUCCGAUUUUUGAGACGUUCUCCAAAAGGUUUGUGUCCAAAAAUGAAGGUCUGCCAGCAGCGGGUAUCGAGUCUCUUCCCAUUCAACCAAGACAGGAACUCAUUGACAUUUCUCAAGAAGAAUCUAGGAGUCUAGCUCUCCUUCUUGAAGUCCGGAUUCUGAAACCAACAGAAGUGCUCUGCGAAACAGUAUUUCCUGACAUCCAAAACGGCAAGUAUAAUGGAGGGCAGAUUGAUAAGUUAAUGUCCUAUGUGCUCACGUAUUUUGCAAACACCAUUCGUUCCGAUGCUUUCUUCAAGCGGGAUAUGCAAGCGUUGCCAUUCUUGCCAAAGGCAAAUAAGAGUCCUCGGGUGAAGACAUCUGAUGUCUUUGAUCCCAGAAGUGAGAGCUUAAGGAAAAUAUUUGUCACCGAAAAUGUUUUUCCCGUCGGCCAGUUGUAUAACGAUCCCAUCGUCCUAAAUGUUUUGGAAGAAAUUGGAAUGAAAAACGAAUCCAAUAUCACAGUGAAAGACCUCUUUCGAAGCGCUUUAAACGUUAGUGUGCUUUCAGACCCUUCAACAGCAAGAGAAAAGUCUCAUGCAAUUUUGCAGCAUCUUGAACGUCAUCCACAGAAACUUAAAAGCAAAGUUGAUGGAGAAGAGUUGGGAUCGCUACUGAUGAAAAUCCAUUGGCUGCCACUGUUGCCCCAGAAAACGUCAAACCUUCCGCCCUCACUCCCGUGGUUUGAAAAAGGAAAAGGAGAAAGACCCUUUUUCAAGCCUUCUGAACUGAAGAGCCCUCAACUGAUCAAUCUCAUCGGCACGGUUAAACCGGUUAUGGACUUUGAGUACUCGACUGAAGUCGCGGGUUACUUUGGCUGGCUGAAGAAACCAGACGUCUCUGAUGUAGUUAAGCAUUUACGGAAGGCAGUCAGGCAUUACAAUGAGGAAGAGAAGGCGUAUUACAGGGGUUUGGUGAACGAAGUCUAUUCGUUUUUGAGCAGUGCAAACUAUGGUGAAGUCUCAGAAGCACUAGAAUAUUCACAGUUCAACUGGGUGUGGAAUGGAGACGGCUUUUCCUCCCCUAGCCACAUGCUUGCCAUUGAUCCGGGCAUUAACCUCGUACCCUUCAUUCGCCUUCUUCCUCCGGAGAUGAUGAAACACUCUCAGAUGUUCUCCCACUUUGGCAUGCGGACAAAAAGUGAUCCAUCUCUUCUAUUGCAA